GGGUGGCUUUUGUGUUAACGUAUUUUUCGCUCCAUCAAACGAAAGCAGAUUGGGAACGCGCUUUUGUGAAGAUAAAAAGUGGAUUUUUAAGAGUUUUUCCGUGAUUGGUGCCGCGAAUUGUGAAACAAUUUAGAGUUUAUGUGAUUUCGGAGCUCCGGAUGGUGGAAACAACUUGCGGAACGGUAUAAUUAGUUAUAUAUAAAGGCUACAGUCGACAUCCACCGGUGUGUCCAAACAAUGGAUGAUUCGGUCGUUGGAAUGGAUCCUUUGGACGAAAUCGAGCAAAAUGUAAUUCAGCAGGCACACGAAAUAACAACGGUCUCUGUCCGCCGGAUCCGGGAGCUGUGGACGGAAAUAUUCGACGAGCACAUCUGCCAGGACCACAUGAGCCGUUUGCCGGAGCACAUACAGACAUUUUUCGACGAAGUAUACGAGGAAAGCGAGGGACGAAAGCGGAAAAUCGUCGAAGCGAUCGAUGCUUUGCGGCGCGAAGCAAGCGAUCUCAAACGGCUGCUGCAGGAGGAUCCGGGUGAUUUGGAACCACUGCCGGGUACACCGCUGCACAUGAUCCAGAUCAGCUUGGAUCGGAGUUUAGAGUUUAUGCGCGAGAAACUGAAGCUGCGGCAUGAUCAGAUCGACGAGUACUUGUUCGAACAGGAGACACUAUGCGAAGAGCUGGGUGAGAUGCCAAGACAGCUGAAGAAAGAUCCCCUCCCAUCGGAAGCAGACAUUUGCGAGUUCCGAUCUUACUUGGAUAACCUGCGAGCCGAGAAGCUGCAACGGUUCGACGACAUUGCUGCCAUGCGUCGUGAGAUCAAACUAAUGAUGACCCAGCUGGAGAUUGUGCCUCAGUCGGAUCGGCAAGAGGAACUAAUAAACGCACGUAAUUUUCCUCCAACCAGAUACAAUCUCAACGAACUACGCCAUUUGCAUGAGAUGGUGCGAUCGCAGUCGGAAGAUUUGAAAGAGAAUAUCGACCGGAUUCGGGACAAAUUGCAAAAUUUAUGGACGUAUCUGGCAAUAAGCCCAUCCGUGGUUAAACGAUUCCAAAAGUACAACGACUAUAGCCAGACUACGUACGACAAGUUGUUUGCCGAGCUGGACCGGUGCGAGACGCUUCGGCGGGAGAAUAUUCAGGCAUUUGUAGAUCGCACCCGGGUCGAAAUCGUGCAAUGGUGGGACAAAUGCCUCAAAUCGGAUGAAGAGCGCUCGAGAUUUUCCACCUUCAAAAGCGAUGUUUAUAAUGAAGAUUUGCUUACAUUGCACGAGAUGGAGUUGAAUGAUUUGAAGGAGUUUUACCGGAACAACGAAAUCAUCUUCCAGCUUGUGGAACAACGGAAGGAAAUGUGGGAAAAGAUGAUGUCACUCGAGCAAAAGUCAAACGAUCCUUCCAGAUACAACAACCGAGGUGGUAAAUUACUUGAAGAGGAAAAAGAACGCAAACGGAUCAAUGUGCAGUUGCCGAAAAUCGAGCAUAAACUGUUGGAAGCUUGCAAGCGGUACGAAGACGAGAAUAAGCGUAAGUUUACCGUAUUUGGCGAAUGCAUAGAGGAAGUAAUCCGUGACCAGUGGAAGAAGCGCGAGGAGGGAAAACUGCAUUCCAGCGCUAGGAAAAAGGCAAAUCUGGCAACUCCGACGGCCGUCAAUCGGACGGCUUUAACGCGAACUCCCAAAACGGCUGAAGCCAUGGUCAAGCACACCAGCAUCAGUAGCCGGACGCGGACAGCGGUGGGACCAAGCGCAGAAGCUUCUAUUAAAAAUUCGGCCAGCAAGCUACUGUCCGCCUCGAAACUGUCAUCGGCUGGAAUCAAGAGGAAACUUCCAUCGCCGAAAACGGGCGCCGUCAAACGGUCUCUGCUGAAGGAUUUAAACAGCCCGAGGACAUUCCUUAAGCCUGGUUUGCCAGUGUCGGCAGGUAAAAACCGACUGCUACAGAAAUCACCCGGGAAAAUUCCUAGCAUUAAAGUGUACGACACGAAAAGUGGCCCAGUUGCAGCUCAGAAAAGGCGAUCGAGGCGGAAAUCUCGAACAAAAUCACGCCGCAGUGUUAACAAAGCCCGUCCGGAUAUUGUAAUCACGUCCAGCACGAACACCACAUUACAAUCGGAAUCGGUAUCGUACGAGCAUUUCGAGAAUUUCUUCGAGACCAACACCCCGAACCGAUCAUCUCUGAUGCCCGGUCGGGGGCAACUAGCUACAGCGGAAACCCGCGCCAACACCCGCCGACAAUACCGCAAUCAUGGAAUACCGCAGCUAAAUGCUACCGGAAACCCCCUAAGUACACCGUCCAAGAUUACAUUCCGGAAUCCGACGGCUUCGUCGACGAUGUUGGCCACUACUUUGCGAUCCCCGGCAGCAAGCAAUACCACCGCCAGCGGCAAGAAGCUCAUGUCCACGGCCAAGAAUUGUCCGAUAAUUUUCUAAGCUCGAAGCGUUGAUUGCAAAUCAGCUUUCGAUAGUGUGGCGCCCUCCGUUCAACGAACGUUCUGCAAGGGUUGGCAAUAUGUUAAAUGUUAUGUUGUUCUAAAGAUUUUUGCCCAUCCAGCAGUACAACACUCGAAACGAUAGUAGUAGCCGGUAAGUUAUUUAACGCAGUCCUUUUUUCGUACCGUUUUUAUCGAUUUACGUCCUUUUUUGUACCAUACGCAUAUUUUUUAGUUAUCUGAUUACAAGAGAAAAUAAUUAUUUUUAGUUAAUUUUUAACACGCUUGUGAUUUGAAUAAUUUUACGGCAAAUAAUAAUCAAUGAAUCGAAUAGUACAUGCAACAUUACGUAAAGCUCUCUGAAAUGAAAAAAAAAAAGAAAACUGCUUGAAAGGAUCUUUAGGAUAAAGUGGAACGGAUCUUAGAUCCAGUUCUCUGUACAAAGCUUAAAAUAAUAUAAAAUCGAUCUUCUGAUUAUUAAUAAAUUCAUAGUUUAACACAACAACGUCGAAACAAAA